AUGUUACAGUUGGUCUUAAAGGUCUGCGAGGAAGAGAAAUGUGGUUACGAAGUGUUUCCACUUUCCGUUUCAUACUUGGACCGGUUCCUAUCGAUUGAGGCGGUGCACAAGACUCAGCUGCAGGUGUUGGGCACUGCGUGCAUGUUUUUGGCCAGCAAGAUCGUAGACGUCCAGCCAUUGGUGGCCACCCGGCUGAUUCAGUACACGGCGAACGCGGUCACGUUGCCUCAGCUAUUGAGCUGGGAGUUAUUAAUUCUGAAUCGCCUCAAGUGGGACAUCUGUUCUCCGACGCCAUACAAUUUUUUGCAACAUUUUCUUUACCGUUUACGAUUUCCCGCAUCGUUAGAGUACAGAGUUUGCUGCCAGCUGCGUGUUUUGGUGUCAUUGUUGCUUACCGAAGUUUAUGUCUAUCCCCCUUCGUUCCGUAAUCUUCAUAUUUUGCGCGGUCUCACGUGCCUCAGUGAAGGUGAGAACGGUAACAGACGAAAGCUUCGACUGACGCUGAUUUUCGUCACGGCGUCGGUUAACUUCAGGGUAAUGGGUGUUUGGUUCAUAGAGUUUAAGAAAGUGGUGUUUUUGGGUCACGAAGGUUUGUGA